AUGAAAUUAACUAAAGUCGCAGCUUGUUGUGCGCUUUGGGUUGCCGGUGUAUGGUCAGCCCCAAACGCUAUACCUGGUUCAGACAUUCAAACAGAGCAUGAAAGACCACCUGAGGGUAAGUCAUGGGAAGAAUGGCAUAUGGAACAUGAGCAUCAAAUGAAGGAGUACGAUGCUGAGACAUUCUUCGACUUACAUGAUUUGAAUAAGAAGGGUUACUUCGAUAGCAACGAUAUAUUGUCUAUGUAUGGGCUAGCUCGUAGCGAGGUCGUCGGAGCGGGAGAUGGCAUGGGGUCACAUGACAAUAGCGAGGCUGUAGAUAAAUCACUAGGUGACCGUGUAGUGAAGUUUAUUAUGGACUUUCUAGAUGUUGAUAGUAAUAAUAGGAUUACCAAGCAAGAAUUUUUAGAAUAUGCUAAGGGUGGGAAGAAAUUCCCUGAUUUAGGAGUAGGUGUUGGGCAUCAUUCGGACUUUGAAGAAGAGUAUGAAAUCCACCAUUGGAACAAAUUUCACAAGGACAGUGAUAGUGACGUCAAAAAUGUUCACAAGGAAGAUGUAGAGCAUGAAUUACUUCAUCAUGAGCACGAGAUCGAGCAUGAAGAAGCUGAAAGCAUGGGCGCGACACAGGGCACAGUCCUCACCGAUGAUGUAUUGGAGAGUAGAAUCGCUCACGAACGUAUCCCAAACAAAUAUUUUGCAGGAAUUAGGUAG